AUUCAGAGUAGGUUCGUAGAUCGUGCUGGAACGAAGCGUUCGCUGUACACCCGCGAAGACAAGCAAAGGAUCACUUGCUUGUGUAUGGUAGCCUACAAAUGGUUAUUCAAGUCAAAUCCAACUCGGGCAGCAACAGCAAGGCGAUGGACGGAACCCAGCAAAAACUGGAGGCAAAUGUUUUGCUACUUGGCGCAGAAAAUGUCGGGAAGUCUGCGCUCACAGUGAGAUUCCUCACCAGAAGAUUUAUCGGCGAAUACGGAAACAUGGAAUCCAUAUACAGCCGCAGUGACAGAAUUGACGGACGGGAAAUUUCUUUCAAUAUCUGGGAUUCGUUGCACCCGCAGAAGUCCGACGCGGAUGUAUGCAUCAGCGAGAAGCAGCUUCAGUGGGCAGACGGGUUCAUUCUGGUCUACAGCAUCUGCGACCGAGCCAGUUUUAACCUGGUGCGGCGACAGGUGCAGUGUAUCAGACAGGGCAAAGCCAAGGUUCCGGGCGCGACGCCGAUCGUCAUCGUGGGCAACAAGCGAGACCUCAAGCACCGCCGCACCGUCUCCAGCGAGGAAGCCACGCUCCUCGCCCUGUCCUCGGAUUGCGGCUUCUUCGAGAUCUCCGUCGCCGAGACCUACCACGGCGUGUUGCUGGUUUUCCACGAACUGCUCGACCUCAUCCGAGAGGCGAGGACCACUAAGAAGGGACCAGCCGGGCUCAAGGGCAUCGUACGGAGCAUGUCUGCAGUUUUUGGGAGAAGACGAACCGACUAGGUUAUUUUGACUGCGAGCAGGGGCGAGGUUAUAAAAUCGGAGAUGUUAAUUCACCCGGCCGUGUCGCUUAGCUGGCGACUUUAAAGCUGCGAGGUGGAUGGCUGCGGCCGUGCUCACGUGCAGCACGCUGAAGGUCCUACGCCGGUGGCGCGCGACCGUUUCCAAGACGUCCGGACUUCGAAAGCGGAGUCGGAGAGCGCCGUGCACUGCUGAAACCCGCUUUGGGGUCGGACUGGCUGAUUGACAGGGCAGUUAUAAAAGUUGACAGUUGCAUUGUUAUGACUGGAAUGACCGAUUGUGCUUUAUAGGCCAAGUAUUUCCGUCCUGUAAUGGCAUUGGCUACCCAGUGACGUGAUCAAGUCGUUUGACGUCUGCCUGGCCUGUGUGUAUGCAGAUAUUAAAAACUGGAACGCAGGAGCCCUUGUUUCACCAAGCCCAGACCAUGUAGCACAACAGAUUGUGACUGACUUGGUGGUGUGGGUCAACGUCAAUCUAUGCACACCUAUAAAAAGUAGCACUUAAAAUGGCCAUUACUACGUGACUUGUAAAAUUUCUCUGUACUUGUGUGGAUAUAUUGUCAUGCUGUGCUGUUCAGUACACCCCCCCCCCCCCCCAAAAAAAAAUGCCAAGGACUGGUCACUGUGGCCUUACAUUUUUGUAUAAAACCCGCAUCACUAAUAUUUGACCAGUAUUCGGAUUGGACCAAAACUAAAAGUCUUGAAACUCUGUCUUAUGAGAUGUAAUGUACAAGCCUGAAUAAAAGUCUGUGUGUUACUCUGUAUGCCCAUAAACUGCUGCAGACUCUGUAAUGAUGUUGACUAAAGUGGGAUGACUGCAAUGGCUUACAAUGUUCAGAGGCCCCCAGAUUUUCAAGAUGUCACCCUUUACUUUUAAAUCCAGCUUUUUGGGGGGUUGGUGGUGGGGGGUACAAUUUCGACAUUUUAAAUCAUGUACUAAUUGUACCGUGUUUGUAUACAGUACAGCAGAUGACUUAAGUUGCCAAAAUAAAACUGUUUUUUUUUAAA